GAUGAUGAUGAUGAUGAUGAUGAUGAUGAUGAUGAUGAUGGCGGUGAUGGGGGAGGUGACAGUGUCCAAGAUGAUGAUGACAAUGACGAUGGUGACAGUGACGAUGGUGUUGCUGAUGAUGGUGAUGAUGUUAAUGGGGGAGGUGACAGUGACAGCAACCGUGUUGGUGAUGGUAACGGUGACGAUGGUGAUGAUAAAGAAGGAGAUAGUGACGGUGAUGUUGUUGAUAAUGGUGAUGAUGCUGGUAAUGAUGAUAAUGAUGGUGAUUGCAAUGGUGUAGUUGAUAAUGGUGUCGGUAAUGAUGAUGGUGAUUGGGGAGGUGAAGGUGAUGGUGUUAAUGAUGUCGAUAACGGCGACGGUGACGGUGAUGUGGACGAUGACAAUGAUGAUAGUAACAGUGACGAUGAUAUGAAUGUUGAUGGUCUUGUUGAUAAUGGUAAUGAUGAUGAGGAUGAUGAUGAUAGUGACGAUGAUGGUUGA